AUGCGGCUAUCCUGCAUUCUCCUGGCAAAGCCUAUCCUCCAUGGAUACUUCAGAAGCUCCUGCUCAUGGAGAGUGCGCAUUGCUUUCGCCCUGAAAGGUAUUGAAUAUGAGCAGGUACCAGUCAAUCUGAUCAAAGACGGAGGUCAGCAGCUCACCAAGGAGUACAGUGCUGUAAACCCCAUGCGACAAGUGCCUGCCGUUGAAAUAGAUGGCAUCAUCCUUUCUCAGUCGCUGGCAGUGAUCCAGUACAUUGAUGAGACAAGGCCCGGACCACGCCUCUUGCCUUUGGACCCCAAAAAAAGGGCUGAGGUUAGAAUGAUUAGUGACCUCAUUGCUUCUGGGAUACAACCUCUGCAGAAUCUACACGUGAUCCAAAAGAUCGGAGCGGAGAAGGUGCAGUGGGCGCAAUACUUCAUUAAUCGAGGUUUUGAAGGUCUUGAGCCUUUGCUGAAACAAACGGCUGGCAAAUAUUGCGUAGGCGAUGAGAUCUCCAUGGCGGACAUCUGUCUGGUCCCUCAAGUCUACAAUGCAGAGAGAUUUAAAGUGGACAUGAGCUUGUAUCCAACCAUCCAAAGGCUAAAUCAAACCUUGGUGGAGAUAGAAGCUUUCCGAGUGAGCCAUCCAUCUUGCCAGCCGGAUACGCCCGAUGAGCUUCGGGCAUAG